AUGUUUGCGAUGCAGGCAGCGCAAAGUCAAGCGAAUCCGCGGACGCCCGAGAAAACUAAGGACAAAGCGCCCGCAAAGGCCACCAAGCGAAUCCCUGAACCUUCAACCCGCAAAAGAGCUCUGGCGAUCAUUCGUCAACCGGUACAGUCUUACGAUGAUAUGUCGCUGUGCUAUUUCGUCCGUCGCUUUGUAUCGCCAGACGAAGGCGACGGGUUCCCAGGCCACUUCAGCUUCCUCCCGAGUCUCUUUAACCACCACAAAGAUGGCGGGUUGGUCGAGACAGCGACUCUCAGUGUAGCGCAGCUGGCUGCGUUCAAUCAUCUGGGUAAUGAAGAGCUUCGGACGCGAUCUUUGAGGAACUACGGGCGGGUGAUCAAGGGAUUACAGCAGAGUAUACAGUCUGAUGCCCAGGCGCUUGACGAUAGUGUCAUUGCGACAAUCUUGCUGCUGUGCACGUACAAGAGAGACGAGGACCAAGUCAAAUCGGUACGAGACGAGGAGCAGAGCUAUUUCUACUUGCUCUGUUGCGCCUGCGAUGAUACAUACACCGACCCUGGAGCCAUCGCCACAGUAAUUGGUAUCUUUGACCCGCUUCUCCGCGCUCUAGCAAUGAUGUCUAGGACACUGUCCCUGCGCCAUCGUUUGUUCCAAUUUGUACAGUCCGAGUCAUUUCAACAAGGCGGCAGUCCAUCCGCUUCGUCUGAAGACAGUAAAAGCGCCGAGGAAGAAAGGCUCCUACUGCAAGAGUGUUUCGACAUGUUGGACAGCUUCCACGCGUGGGACUGUGAGGCUGCAACAUACUGGCAGAAUACCUUCGAAGGCCGCGGUGUCCCCACCAUGCUUGGAGAAAUGGGUGCUGGUAACAUGCACUACGACGCCGAGACAGCUUGCAUCAUGAUCCUCGUCCGCUCAGCGCGUCUCAUUCUACUGCAGAGCAUGCUCCUCUACCAGACAACUCUCCAGCCAGAAGAGGAAGAGCAAGAAGAUGAGUCCAGUAGCUACCAGGCCAUGUGGGCGCAAUGCGUCCCCAUCCUGGAGUGUGACGUGCGUAAAUGUGUCGACGACAUGCUCGCCAGCGUGCCGUAUGCACUCGGUGACAUUGACUCCAACGGUAUGCCCUCGAGUAUGAUGUACGACGGCGCUGCUGCCAUCAUGAUAGUGCAUUCGAUCAGGCUUGUCACGCACUGCGUUUACAUAACACCUGCGCAAGCGGAGAGGGCAGUUAUCAUAUUGACGAGGUUGAACUCUGCGAUCGGUAUCAGGUCUGCUGUUGGAUGGUUGGCGGAGGAUGCCUGCGAGCCAGAAGGUUCGAACAAACUCUGGGCAGCUUCACCGAAGUUGCUGGAGUCUAGGCUGUUUGAAUGUCGACAGGAUGGUUUGGGAGUGUCUCCGGAUCCGACUUUGCUUUCUUCUUGA